AUGGUCAAAUUUUUCGCGAAAAAUCUCUUUGAUUCUACCCUAUCUAUGGGAGGUUUUCUAAAUACAUUGCGCUCGUAUAUAUGGGUUCCUAUACAGCAAUACACCACUCGAGAACUGGAGGUGGAACUUUUCGCGCAUCUACACUGUUUGUCUCUAAGGUGGCAUUUGUCGCGGAAGACAGGCCUGGUGCUCCGAGUCAUGGAUAGGGGUACGAGUUCAGUGAACAGCAUUUUGAAAAAUAAGGAUAUAAUGUGGGUUUUUGUCGUUUAUUUCGAAAAAGGCAAUAAUUUCUCAAAGAUAAGAACUGUUACAAUCUAUGUGACGGAGUGGCGUACGAAGUUUCGUCGAGAUAUGAACGAAAAGGAAAACGCAAGUAGUGCUAUAGCAACAGAUUCGCUGUUGAAUUAUGAGACGGUUAAGUACUAUGGGAACGAGAAAUACGAAGUGGAUCGCUUUCGACACUCUAUAGAAAGUUUUCAACUUGCUGAAUGGCGUUCAAACGCAUCGCUGGCGUUAUUGAAUUUUUUGCAAAACAGUUUGAUCGGUAUUAGCAUGACUGUCGGUUCGGUGUUGAUUGCUUAUCUCAUCGUUAAGGAUAACGAGCUCACUGUGGGCGAUUAUGUGUUGUUUACCACAUACAUCCUUCAAUUGUACGCUCCGUUGAACUUUUUUGGAACCGUCUACAGGACAAUUCAAAGGUCGUUUAUUGAUAUGGAGAAUAUGUUCGAUCUAAUGAACCAAGAGGUUGAUGUUGUUGAUAGUCCUAACGCUAUUGAUUACCAUCCGACUGGUGGCAAGAUUUCGGUGAGAAACCUAACGUUCGCCUAUAACGAGAACCGAAUCAUUUUGGAUGGAAUCUCAUUCGAGGUCGGCAGUGGUCAGUCCAUUGCUCUGGUUGGUCCAUCGGGCAGUGGGAAAAGCACAUUGAUUCGGCUUCUGUUCCGUUUGUAUAAUUGUGAGGAAGGAAGGAUCUUUUUUGACAAUCAUGAUGUUAGACAUUUGAAACUUCGUACAUUGCGUAACCAGAUCGGAAUCGUCCCACAAGACACUGUGCUCUUUAACGAUACCAUAGGCUAUAAUAUACGCUUUGGUCGUCCUACGGCCACAGACGAAGAAGUGCGGGAAGCUGCAAAAGCCGCAAUGAUCCACGAUAAGAUCAUGACUCUUCCCAAUGGUUACGAUACAUUGGUUGGCGAGCGAGGUCUGAAAUUGUCCGGCGGAGAGAAACAGAGAGUCGCCAUCGCACGAACAAUCCUCAAGAAACCGCAGUUCAUCUUUCUGGAUGAGGCAACCUCUGCGCUAGACACACAUACCGAGCGGGCGAUUCAGCGAUGUCUAGAACAAUUGUGCGCGACGCGAACAGGCGUCGUCGUGGCUCACCGUCUCAGUACAAUAGUAAACGUCGACUGCAUUCUUGUCCUAGACAAAGGCAGAAUAGUAGAGAGAGGACGGUGA